AGCUAAUCUCAGCUUGAAGCACAAAGAAGGAGGGCUCAGCCCUGUUAACAGCAGUUUUUCGUGUUCUGGCCUGUACUUUUCUCUGUUCUUUCUUCUUUGCUUUAAGGAUAGUAUUUUUCUCUUCUUUACUUGUGUCUCACUUUUCCUCCAUUUUGCUUUGGAAUAUUAUGUGCCAUGCUUUCCUCUCCUGCCGUGGUGCUUCACCCCUACAGCCUGCCUGUCUACGCCCAGGCCCCUCAGUGCUACUCCGGAGUAGUGCAGGGUAGUCAAGAAACUGCAGCUCCGGCUGAUGCGAUGGCCCAGCCGUACCCGGCACAGUACCCUCCUCCUCCACCUCAGGCCCGUCUUCCGCCGGAGUAUCCACCCCCACUUCAUCACAGUGCUAGCCAGGAGUAUCCCGGAGCAGCAGUAGCAGAGCAUGGACUGAGACUCUACACAUCUGGCCAAGCCCAUGUUGACCCAAACCCUAACGUCGAACCUGUCAUCUCAGGAAUACCACCACCACCUACGCAGCCAGAUGAUUCCUCCCAGCCAGACCUGUCCCAGCAGCCUCCUGGUAUCGACAACGGAGACAACAAACAACAACCAAAACGAUUACACGUUUCAAACAUCCCUUUCCGUUUUCGAGAUCCAGAUUUACGACAGAUGUUUGGGCAAUUUGGAAAAAUUCUUGACGUGGAAAUCAUUUUCAAUGAAAGAGGAUCUAAGGGUUUUGGAUUUGUGACCUUUGAGAACAGUGCAGAUGCUGAUAGAGCUAGAGAGAAGUUAAAUGCCACUAUUGUGGAAGGAAGAAAAAUUGAGGUGAACAAUGCAACAGCUCGAGUUGUUACCAAGAAACCACAGACUCCAUUAGUAAAUGGUUGGAAAAUAAACCCAGUUGUUGGUGCAGUGUAUGCUCCAGAGGUUUACACAGUGGCAAGUAUCCCCUAUCCAGUUGCAGCAGCACCAGCUAUUGCAUAUCGAGGUACUCACCUGCGAGGACGUGGCCGUGCGGUGUACAGCACCAUACGUGCAGCGGCAGCACCAUCUCCAAUUCCUGCCUAUGGAGGUGUGGUGUAUCAAGAUGGACUAUAUGGUACCGAUGUUUAUGGAGGUUAUGCAACUUAUCGGGUUGCUCAGCCGGCAGCUGCAACAGCAACAUACAGUGACGGGUAUGGCAGAGUGUACGCAGCAGCUGCAGACCCCUACCAUCAUGCAGUGGGGCCAGCGGCAACUUAUGGUGUUGGUGCAGUGGCUAGCCUAUAUCGUGGAGGGUACAAUCGCUUCACCCCUUACUGACACAGUCAGCCACUGGAUGACAGCAUGUACCACAAUGGAGCUGUGGCUGAACCUGCUCUAACUGCUAACUGAAGGAAACAGCAUGUACCACGAUGGAGCCGUGGCUGAACCUGCUCUACUGCUAACUGAAGGAAAGCCCAUUUUCUUUAAACUUAUGUUCUCGUGCACUGGACAGUUAAAAUGUAUUUGUAUAUAAUAGUAUAUUUUUUAAAUAGCUUAAUACUUGGGGGAGGGGAAAAUGGGAUUUCAUUUUUACAUAUGGCAGUAAGGUGUACAAAAAUAGGUCUUAGAGUUUUAGCACCAAUAUUUUUAUAUUUGCUUAUGUAAGGAACCUUUGAAUAUCCAGAAAUCAACAAUAUCUGAGGUCAUGUUUGGUUCAAUAAACAAUAUGCUUAUUAAUUAAUAGGUUCAUUAGCCAAACAUAUAUAAUAUCAGUAUGUAGAUGCACAUACACACACACACACACACACACACACACACACACACACACACACACACACACACACACACACACACACAUUAAGAGACCAUGACUGAGAAACUUGCAUAUGGCUGAUAACAAAAUGGUCAAUAUUAAAUGCUUUCCAGAAGGAUUUUGCCCAACACUCUACUGUCUUCAGGUGAGUCUAUAUUUACUCAUUGAAGGUUCUUUCCUCACACCUCCAAUGACCAAAAACAACACAUCGAAUGUUCAUUAAUCAAAAAUUCACUUCAGCAAAAGUGUGAGAUGGGGAAGUAACUAGCUGGCCAACAUUUCCCCAUCUCACACACAGCAAUAUUUCAAACCCCCACACCCCCACUAACUAUAUAUGUCAACUAAUAGAUGGACUACAGUCGGGAAAAGGGCAAAUAGUUGACCAACAUUAGGAAAUUUGUCUUUUUCCCCACUGUAGUAUAAUCUCAGUUGGUAUAUAUAGUUAGGGUGGGUGUGGGGGGCACAGCCCCCACCUGGGUGCAUUUAAAAUACUGCAGUGUGUGAGAUGAGGAAAUGUUGGCCAACUAGUUACUUUCCCCACCUCACUCUUUCGAUAAAGUGAAUUUUUGAUUAAUUAACAUUUGAGGUCUAGUGUUUGCUCAUCAGAGGUUUGAGGAAAGAGACAUGCAUCAGUAAACAUAGACCCAUCUUCAGGUAUUCUGCAAAAACUGAGAGAAACGUCUGUUGUGGGGGAGGUAGGGUGGGGGUCAUCCAGAUUGCUUUCAGUCAAUGAUUUUUGCAAGACUCUCUCUUUGUGUGUGUGUGUGUGUGUGUGUGUGUGUGUGUGUGUGUGUGUGUGUGUGUGUGUGUGUGUGUAAAUAUAAUUAUGAGCAGUUUAAUUGUGGUGCUUCAUUAAUGGUAUAAAACUUCUACAUGCAGUCUGAGUCAUAUGUCAAAGUGCUAAAGUCCAAUACAGUUGUUUGUUGUCUUCCAUCAUAAUUUGUUUGAUCUUAUUAAUUUAUUCUAUAAACAAUCAUUUUCUCAUGUAAAAUGGUACUUUGACAUCAAAACCAGUCAGUAUAGCCAGUUAACAUGUCCUUUGAUAAAUACAAAAUGUUCACAUAGGCAGUUAUUUAGUUUUUUAACACAUUUCUCUUAUUUUUAUCAAAAUAACUAGAUGAUCUUUACCCCUGUGAUUAGUUUUUUUCCUGCAUUUAUGAAAUAUUACUAGCCCAUUCAGUAACAGUUUUGCUCUUAGCAUCACUAUACUUAACUGUCAAUACAUUUUGCUUUCUUUGGUUCUUGAUGUGGAUAAGUAUUGUUUUCUUUAAUGAAUGUUUAACCUUUUUGAUGUUUUAUUGUGUAUGCUGUUUCAUACCUUUUUAUAUCUCUCAUUGCUUGCUAUUAGCUCCAUGUUUCAUGCUAUGGCCUGUGAAACACAAUUCAUGAACCGUUCAUACCACACCGAAUAGUUAAAGGAAUUCUCCAUAUAAACAAAGAUUUAUUAAAAACACUCUGAUACUCAGAAUCUUUCCUUUUGCUUUGCAUGGGAGAAGGCGUAAUGAUUAAGGGGUUAACCUUACAAACACAAGGUACACAGUUUGAUUCUAACCUUUGGGAAGCAUGGCUGAGCUUAAAAAAACCCUUCCUGGGAUCAUUAGCCUAGAAAUCAUCUACAAACCUACAUUGCUUUAUCGCUGUUUGCAUUGAUUUUACCCUCUAUGGGUAACUUUGCCCGCAGUUCUGAAAUCACAUUUGAAUGUCUAAUCCAUGGAAUUUCUUAGCAUGAAUUGUGAGUCACAGCUAAGUAAUUUGAACCUGUCCCUAUUGUCUUACUCUGUUCUGGUGUUUACUUUUCUCACUAUUGUUUCUUUCUUUCUUGGAUUUCUUCAUUCGCCUCAUCUCACUGCCUUUCCUGGAUCUUCCUUGUGGCAUUUUUCUGCUUAUUUCUGCUCCUUUCUGCUGACCUGAGAGUACAAUUUCUCCUUCUGAUGUGAAUGAACUGAAGCAUAUGUUGCCUGUAUACAUAAAAGAUGGACUUUCUAGAUUUCCCAGCUCAUCCAUCAGUAAACUCUGCCUUCUACACUAUAUCAUCACCUUUUCAUGUUGCUUUAUUUCCUGGUUAUAGUACCUGUUUAUGUUGACUGCCACCUUUUCUCCAGAGAAACAUGGUGCUUUUUUUACAACUCCUGCUAUUUCCUGAUGGGAAAGGACAUAUGCUUUGUUAUGAAAAGUUAAAAUAUAAUCUCACAUUUUGCAAAUACCGUGGUUGUGCAGCCUGCAUCAAGUUGCUAGUUUGAUAUGACUGCCAUUCUAAGAAUAUGCACAAAAUUUUAAACUUACCUUCUGUGUAUGAUAUAUUUCACACUAUAGCGUAUACAGCAAUGUUUUGAUUUCUGCCAGAAAGAUUAUUUUCAGUUCCACUUAUUUUCUUCAAUCUUGUAUUUUUAAGGGCAGAAAAUAAACCCUAAAUUUGCAGCCUUCAUCUUCUAUGCUAGUCGCAUCAUGUAAGCGACUUUUGUAAUUUUUGGUUGUAAGUAGAUUUGGGCCGAAAGAUUCUUAUUUGUGUAAUUGUUCAAGUAAAGGGGAUAAAGAUUGUGUUCUACAUUUGACAGGUGAUAGACAAAAGUUCAUAACUGAUGAAACAGAGCUAAAUUACGAAGUCAGGUCAGAUCAGCAUCUGAUAGCUGGUUACACAACCAAAAUCUUAUGAAUCCUAUACAUCUAUAUUUCUUAUCUAUGCUUAGUCUGGAAAAUGUCUUUCAAGUUCUUCUUUCCUAUCUGAAUGUUGUUAAUUAUAGCUAAAUGUAUUGACUUUGUGCUCUCAAACUACAUUUCGUCAUUUUUCUGUCUGCUUUUAAUUCUAUGAAAAGUGUUUUCCUUGAAUGGGCCUGUACUCAUAAACUGAAACAUGCUCCCAUUCAUGUAUGAUAAAAUGUACUGUAAAUACAUAAACGUCUGAGUCAUCACCAGUAUUUUAGAUGACUACAUAUCUUCAUUAUGGAUGACUUCCACAUAAAACUUCUAAUGUUUUUAAUUGCUGUAAUAUGUUUUUAGACUGUGCAUAUAAGUUACAAACCAUUUUUUUUUAUUUUGAUCUCAGGGAAAUUAAACUGUUAGUCAUCUUCCUCGUAAAUAUAUUUCUGAAUUUUAAAUAAAUAUUUUCAUUACUUUC